UAAGGUUCUUUUUCAGGGCCUGGAUGAGGGCAUUGAGGGUGGGUUUGUAUUGGGUGGAGGCAUGGAGGUGUGGAAGUAGAGCACAGCAGUUUAAGUAUAAAUGCGACGGACGACCGGAGGACGGCUCGAGACCGCCACAAAAGAUGAUCGGCCUGAUCGUUGUCACGCUCCUGGGCGCCGCAGCUGCAGCGCCUACGGAUGACCGGAUCGUGGGCGGCUACCAGUGUGAAGCCCACUCUCAGCCCUGGCAGGUGUCCCUCAACGUCGGCUACCACUUCUGCGGCGGCUCCCUCAUCAACGACCGGUGGAUCGUCUCUGCAGCCCACUGCUGGCAAAACCCCUUUUCACAGAUUGCCGUCCUGGGGGACCACCACAUCUGGAUGCAGGAGGGCCCGGAGCAGUACAUGUCGGUGGACGCCAUCUACUGGCACGAGCGCUACGACUACCAGACGCUGGACCACGACAUCAUGCUGAUGAAGCUGGCGCACCCCGUCGCCGUAAACCAGUACGUCAAGCCCGUGGCGCUGCCCGAAGCCUGCCCCGCGCCCGGGGACAUGUGCACAGUGUCCGGAUGGGGCAACAUCUACACCGAUCAAGUGUUCAACCCGUUUUACCUUCAGUGUUUGGAAGUACCCAUUCUGUCUCAGAAGGAGUGCGAGGGUUCCUACCCCGGCAUGAUCACUGACCGCAUGGUGUGUGCCGGGUACCUGGAGGGGGGCAAGGAUUCCUGUCAGGGUGACUCUGGUGGUCCUCUGGUGUGCAACGGGGUGCUGCAAGGUAUCGUCUCCUGGGGACAGGGCUGUGCUCAACCCAACUACCCCGGCGUUUACACCAAAGUCUGCUCUCUGAUGCCCUGGAUCAACGACAUUCUCUCCACGUACGCCUAGAAUGGGACUUACCGUCCCAAAGCUACGCGAGAGAGAGGAAACAGGGUGGAGAUUGUAACGGGAGGCAGCGGAGAGACGCAGCGAGAGAGCGACUGACAGCUGUAAUGACAAAGAGAGAGAGAGAGGAAGUGGGGUUUUAGGCAAUAAUCAAUAAAACCUACAUUUUUGUGAUGCAUCAGUGUGUACAUCA